UUGACUCGUCAACGCAGGGCCCACCUAAUCGCUUAUACUCCAUAGAGGGCAAGGCAGAGAGAGAGAAAGGGAUCUAUCACCUCUGUUCAUCCAGACUCUCCAGAGAGAAAUCCUCAUCACCUCUGUUCAUCUAGACUGAGAGACAGAGAGAGAGAUUGCUCUCCAGACUCUCCAGAGAGAAAUCCUCAUCACCUCUGUUCAUCUAGACUGAGAGACAGAGAGAGACAGACAGAGAGAGAUUGCUCUCCAGACUCUCCAGAGAGAAAUCCUCAUCACCUCUGUUCAUCUAGACUGAGAGACAGACAGACAGAGAGAGAUUGCUCUCCAGACUCUCCAGAGAAAAAUCCUCAUCACCUCUGAGAGAGAUUGCUCUCCGCAAACCACGCAAAGAACCCAUCAAGAGCUGCUACUUUCUUUCAGGUGUCAAUCACAACAAAUGUAAAAAAAAGAUGACAAAAUUGAAGGGCUAACAUAACGGAAAAACAGCCUUCUAUAUAAAAGAUGAGAAUUGAGAACCUGUUUUAUGCAUCAUCUGGCGGCUCUGUUUUGGUAACAAAUUAUCGGAAUUGAUCAUCAAGAAUACAGUAUGGAACUUAUCCAAGGGGCUGAUAGAUCGAAGUGGAUGGUGACGAGCAAUCAUAGCAUAAAGUGCUUCACAACAUAUGAGGUAGAAAGAAUGACCAGGAACUAUAUAACAACUCUCGGAAGAGGUGGCUUUGGUGAAGUUUAUGAAGGAGUUCUUGAGGACCAAAGUAAGGUGGCAGUGAAAAGGUUUAUCAACAAUGAGAAAGUAAAUUUCGCAAAAGAGUUGGCUGUCCAUCGUGAAAUCAACCACAGAAACGUAGUGAGGCUCAUUGGCUACUGUUUAGAUGAAAAUGCCCUUAUGAUGAUCACUGAGUACAUCACUAAUGGAAACCUGAGUGAUGUUCUUCACCAAGACAACAGUCCUAUCCCUUUGGAUGUAAGACUUAGGAUCGCCAUUGAAUGUGCUGAGGCGUUGGCAUACAUGCAUUCUCACAUGUAUACUCGUGUUAUCCAUGGUGACAUCAAGCCUUCUAACAUACUCUUAGAUGACAAUUUCCAUGCAAAGUUGUCAGAUUUUGGAAUAUCAAGGCUAGUCAACACGGAUAAGGUACUGUACACGGAGAAUGUAAUAGGGAGCAUAGGUUAUAUGGACCCAUUGUUUGCUCAGGACGGGCUUCUCACUUCGAAGAGUGAUGUUUACAGCUUUGGAGUUGUCCUCCUUGAACUGAUUGCUAGAAAAAAGGCAACAACAGUAAUGGACAAUGUCAAUAUUGUGCGUGCAUUUACUAAUGCUCUUGCAAGGGGGGUCAGAGGUGCUAGAGAGAUGUUUGACGGUGAAAUUGCAAGCAAGAAUAGCAUGAAGAUUGUUGAAGGGUUUGCAAAGAUAGCAGGGGAAUGUCUAGCAAUGGAAAGGAACAAACGUCCUGAGAUGAUUGAUGUCGUGGAACGUCUUCGAGUACUAAAGAAAACUUCACAUCAGGAUCUAGGAGAAAGAGCAGGCCUGUUCUCUUGGGCUAGGAAGAGCAAACCAGUACCUGCAGCUGGUGUGACCACCGUCCCUGCCAAGAUUCUAGUUUUGCCGGCACACCUGUGCCGCCAGUUCUCGUUUGCAGAGAUGAAGGCUGCAACAAACAAUUUUCAUUGGCGGCUCAUUGUUGGCGAGGGUGCAUUUGGUAGAGUUUACCGUGGCAAGAUCGAUGGAGGAAAAACCAAGGUGGCCAUCAAACGUCACAGCCCGAACUCUCGGCAAGGUGAGCAUGAGUUUCGUACUGAGAUAGAGAUGUCAUCAAAGGUCCGCCACUGUAAUGUUGCGCAACUGAUCGGCUACUGCGAUGAGAUGGGCGAGAUGAUCCUCGUCUACGAGUAUAUGCCACGCGGUUGUCUGCGCAACCACUUGUACCGAACAAAGCAGCCACCUCUGACCUGGAACCGGCGUCUGGAGAUCUGCAUUGGUGCAGCUCGCGGCCUGCACUGCCUUCAUGCGUCACAGGUCAUCUACCGCAACCUGAGGACGGAAGACAUUCUGCUGGAUCAUGCAUGGGUCGCCAAGCUUACAGAUCUUGCUCUCUGCAAGACUGCUGGUCCAUCAAUGGACGAGAUCACAAGAGUCAUUGGCAGUGGAUGCCUCCUCGAUCAUGAAUAUGUCACCACUGGUCGACUAACUGAGAAACUAGACGUCUAUUCUUUUGGUGGUGUUUUGUUGCAGGUCCUAUGUGCUCGGCCUAUCCUAGACAUAAGUCUUCUAAACGAAGAAGGUAGUACAUUGGUAGACUGGGCAUUGCACUGCAAGCAGGAGUGCAGGCUUGAUCAGAUUGUUGACCCAUACCUGAAGGGGUCCAUUGAUCAAUCAUCUCUCGAAACGUUUGUUGGGAUUGCUGAGAAAUGUCUCGCUUCCGAGGGCGUUCGCCGUCCGUCGAUGGGAGAUGUGCUUCUAGACCUGGAGUUGGCCCUCAGGCAACAGGGGACGACUACCCACGGAUUAUCUCCAGUUGUGUUGUAACAGUUUCCAAUUGGCAUGUAAUGUAUCGCUGUUAUACAGGGAAGAGUCCAAUGGAUCAGAGCACCGGAAGAAUAAGAGUCUUUUCCUGUACUUGGAAAGGUAAUAGCAGGUACAAAAGCCAUAGCUUUACUUUUUUCCCCUGAAAAUUCACGAGAACUGUGCUUCUUUGUAUUAAUAAUGUAGAAAUAAUUUGAAAUUA